AUGGCCGGAGGGAAGGGCAAGAGCAUUGGAGGCAAGGCGACUGGCGCGAAGGAUUCCACCACCAAGCCUCAGAAGUCGCACAGCGCGAAGGCCGGCUUGCAAUUCCCCUGCGGUCGCGUCAAGCGUUUCCUGAAGAACAACACCCAGAACAAGAUGCGAGUGGGUGCCAAAGCCGCCGUCUAUGUUACCGCCGUCCUCGAGUAUCUGACCGCCGAAGUCCUCGAACUAGCAGGCAACGCCGCCAAGGAUCUCAAGGUCAAGCGCAUCACUCCUCGACAUCUGCAACUUGCCAUCCGUGGUGAUGAAGAGCUGGAUACUUUGAUCAGAGCGACAAUCGCCUUCGGUGGUGUCCUUCCCCAUAUCAACAGAGCGCUUCUCUUGAAGGUGGAGCAGAAGAAGAAGAGCAAGGCAGACGCGUAA